GGCACGGCCGGGAGGAGGAGCCGCUUGCGCGGGCGGCUCCGGCGCUCCGCCGCUGCCGGGCACGGCAGUGGGAGCCCAGCCCUGCCGGGAGUCGUCCGCCCGCCUGCCCGCCCAGUCUCGCCGCCCGGCCUCGGGGAGCCGCCAGCGGAGCCUCCGCCUCAGCCGCCCGCAGAGAUUGAUGGCAAGAAACAGUGGAUAGAGAGAGAACCCAGGAGAGCCCAGCACCCAGCAGCGAAGCAGGUCUACCACCCUGGCCCCCAGCAGUAGGAACCUGAAGCAGAGCUCCUGACUGAUGCAUGUCUAGUACGACCCAACUUCCUGAGAAGAACAAACACUCUUCUGGAGAUCUGUUCCCUCAAAGCAGGACUCAGGAGGUUACCCCAACCUGGGUGCAGGACCUUGUGCUUGAUCUUUUUGAACCUAAUGAGGUACACACAGGCUCACUUCUCCAGCUCAUCCAGUUGCCUGGUGAUUUUCUUUUCCUUGCUGAAAGUUACUCUGCUGUUGGGGGAGAUGUCAGCAAAGGUGGACAAGCUUGGCUAGAAGGAGAUUCAUGGGACACACAGACAAUUAAGGACUAGACCAGGCACCGUGCUUCAUGCCCCAGGGUUUGUGAAGGAACAAUUGGAUCAAAGAGCCUUGAAGACCAUGGAGGGAGACUGUCUGAGCUGCAUGAAGUACCUGAUGUUUCUUUUCAAUUUCUUUAUCUUUCUGGGAGGAGCGUGCCUGCUGGGAGUUGGGAUCUGGGUCAUCGUGGAUCCCACGGGAUUUCGGGAGAUAGUGGCUGCCAACCCCCUGCUCUUCACGGGAGCCUACAUCAUGCUGGCCAUGGGGGCGAUGCUCUUCCUGCUGGGCUUCCUCGGCUGCUGCGGCGCCAUCCGCGAGAACAAAUGCCUCCUGCUCUUUUUCUUCAUGUUCAUCCUGUUAAUCUUCCUGGCAGAGCUCUCAGCUGCAAUCCUGGCUUUUAUCUUCAGAGAAAAUCUGACCAGAGAGUUUUUCACCAAGGAACUAAAGAAGCAUUAUCUGAGGAACAACGACACAGAUGUCUUCUCUUCCACCUGGAACUCUGUUAUGAUCACAUUUGCCUGCUGUGGAGUGAACGGCCCAGAAGACUUUGAAGCUGUCCCUCUGCUUCCGUACUCCUCUCCGGGAAGGAGCACGCCGGAGGCUUGCUGCCUGCGAGAGCUGCAGAGCCGGGAGGGGCUGUUUGUCGACAGAGAAGCCUGCCUCUCGGGGGUGGAGAGGUUUCAGAACCGCCAGGGCUGCUACACUGUGAUCCUGAACUCCUUUGAGACCUAUGUGUACCUGGCAGGAGCCCUUGCCAUCGGGGUCUUGGCUAUUGAGCUAUUUGCCAUGAUCUUUGCCAUGUGCCUCUUUCGAGGGAUCCAGUAAGAGGUGACCCAUGGACCACCACGUUCCCCACGUGCUCAGAAGAGAGAAGGGACAAAAAAGAAAAUCAGAAGAAACUAAAGCUGGAAACACCCAAACCAACCACAACCACACUGUAUUCUUGUUAACAAAAUGGGGUAGGGGAGAGGGGAAAUAAAAAAGAAAGAAAAAAGGAACAAACAAACAAACAAAAAACAACAAAAAAAAGGAACAAAACAAAAGAAAAAAGAAGGUUGUAAUAUAUGAAUGACCAAAAGGAUUGUACUUCAGGGGCUGGAACUUUGAGGUGAUGUGCACUACACUGUACACCAGACCUUUGCCCAGAGCCACCUGCAGCAGGAGCCCAGCACAGCCAAUUGCACUACAGACUGACACAGCUUGGUGGUGGGGAGCAGGAGAAGGAGCACAACCACCUCUGCUGCGAGGCCCUGCCUGCUGGUCACAGCUUUGUCACCCUGCAGACAGCAAAGGACUGUAGAACAGACGUGCAGGGGCUGGGUGAGACGAGAGGGUGGCUCCAGUCCGUGACUGUCCAGGUGGGUUUGAAAGAGGCGGUGGUGGCUCACCUAAGAUGUCAUCGUUGGCGUGGUUCUGGCUUCCCUUCCCAGCCACAGAAUGGCAACAAGACAGAAUCUUCAACGGGAGCUUUGUUCCUCUUGGCUGAAGCUUGUCAGAGCAAUGGAGCACUCCAGUGAGGCUGACUUUUCUCUGGGGCCCCAGGCAGGGGCAGCGCAGCGAUGGGACUCAGCUAAGGCUGGCUGAUGGUUAGGAGUUUGGUGCCUACCUUUCUGUUUUUACUAAGAUUUACUGUUUGUUGUUGUGCAAAAGAGACCAAACGGAUCCCUGAUGUGUUCCCACCUCCCCGGAGAAAGAGGGGCUCUGGUCGAGACUCGCUGAGCCGGCUGCCUUCCCAAGGAGGGGAGGAAAUAGUGUUGAAGUCUUGCCCACCUUUGCCUUUCACUUCACCCUUGCCAAAAGACAGUUUGAGGUGCUCUGGUAGCAGAAUUGUUUGCAGUGGUUCCUACCUGCUUCCCAGCCCUAAGGGGCAUGACUGGAGGAGGCUGAGGUUUGUCAGCCACUCCCAUGCCUGGAAGAUUCUUGUGGCAUCAGUUCUGCGGAGAGGCUGUCCCCUGAGCUGCAGCGAGUCAGAAGGGGGUUAGGCUGCCUGGCACUUGAGAGCUUUUCCUCCCUUGAGGCAGCCCUGACAGUUAAUUACUGUGGCACCUACUUAGCAUUUGGAAGUGACCUGGAGAAAGGUGCCUGGGACCCUGGGACCGGGACCUUGGUCAGUGAUACGAUUCAAGUGCUGAGCCUCCCUGCAGGCUCUGAGAGGAGCGAGCAGCCAAACUGCUACUCUAGUGGCUGUGGUGAUCAGCCCGGGCAGGUCACUGCUUUCUCUUCUCUGGAAGCAUCAACCUCUGUUGCCUUAAUUACUCAUCUGGUCACUCCCUGACACUCACCCCUCCCCCAUUUGACUUGGGGAGGACAAAAGGGGCUGUGGUUUCUAGUGUAGCUUAGGUCUUUUUACAGAUUUCUUAGGCUCAGAUGAUGGAGCAGUUUCUUACAGAGGCUUAAAUCAGCCCCUCUGGCAGGGAAGGAGAGGGAGCAGCAGGCAGCAGCCAGAAGCUGAGUGGAAGCCUCCCGCCCUGGCUUUGCAACAGCAGAUACACUGGGUGGCUGUUCCCUUCCAUUGUGGUCCUUGGGCUCUCCCAGUGGCACUGCUGCAGGGAAAGAAGGAAAGUGGGAGAAAGCCUGGUCCAGAACAGCCAAAAAUCUUGGCUACACACACAAGUUAUGGAAGCAGGAAGGAGGCACUAGAGCUUUUCCAGGCUUCCUUUGAGAACAUCUUGCUUGUCAGGAGAGGACCUGGGAGGGCAAUGCUGUACUCUCUCCCCACCCCAUGCCAUACUCAGCAUAUUCCAGCCUCAAAACGAGCAUCCAGAGCUGCUGAGCAGCCUCAGAUGAUGCAUUAAACCAUGUACAAAGCUUUGCUGAAGCAUUUUUCCCCCUGGAACUUCCUUUAGUGAGAUCUUUUAGCAUGAAAUUCUGGUCUGUAGUUUAAUGAAGGAAUUCAGGUUUGCUGGCCCAAGCCCAACAGGUUCUGUACCCAACAGCAGGUGCUAUGCUGCAGGGAAGCUGCUGCAGCUGCUUGCAGGAAACAGGCCAAGCAGAAGGUAAGCUUAUCUGUGCUGCUUCUGCCUCAGGAGCUGGUGGCAGCUGCUCUUCUGGGAAGGUAGUUCCCAAGGAACAGAGCCCAGCAGCAGAGGUGAUAAUGUUGCUGGAGGUGAUCAUGGUGGGUGGCUGAAGGCCAAAGAUUACUUUUUUUUUGCCACCAGUGACAUGGGGGAGAACUAUCAGAGCCUGAAACAGGUUCUCUGCUGGCUUGUUUCUCUUUGGCUUUCCCAGUCCUGGAGUCAUUGCUUUGUCUGCUCUUAGCCUUCUCCCUUUCCCUCUCUGAGUGUAGAUCCAAAAGGUGCCGAGGGACAUGGUUUAGUGGUGACCCUGCAGUGCUGGGGUAGCAGGUGGACCUGAUGAGCUUAAAGGUCUCUUUCUAACAAAACGAUUCUGUCAUUUGUGUCACACCAGACUCUGCACAGCAGUUUCAUCUCUUACCUUGUCUGCUCCCCUUUUUUCUCGAUGAAGACUCAAAUCCUCCCUGCAGCUGGGCAGCGUGCCCCUGGGAACCCGGCCUGAAGCACCACCAAAGGCCAGCAGCACCUUUCUCCUCUUGUUAGAGCUGCCAAGAUACCUGCAAAUCCAAGAGGACCUGUAGAUCCUUCGGAAAGGAAAUUCCAGCAGGAAUUUGCCCUGCAGCUGGAAUUUAAUGAACCAAGCAAGGGCAGAGAGCAGACUCUGGCUGUAUGGCCAAAGCCAUGUCCAGUUGUUGGGCUUGGCCCUUGGUUCCUUGGCUGCCCCUGCUGUAAAGAAGGUUUGUAGGACAGAGGGCAGGAUUUAACAGCUCUGGUAUUUGGGGGUCAGGGGCUCCACAAUGAGCAGGCUGGGGAGCAGAGAGAGCUGCCCAAGCACCUUGGAUGGACGCAGCAGAGCGGCCUGAGCCCACCUCACCCCCCUCCUCUCCAUGCACCCCAACUGCCCUGCUGGUGUUUAAUGCCCAAGUGACUGCCAGGGCCAAGGGCUGUGUGUGUGAAAUAAUGUUGGAAGUCUAUUUUAAGAAUAAACCUGUAAAUGUUGUUUUUA